UUUACAUUGGCCAGUCAAGUGCAGUCGGUGCGAGCCGAUGACACAUCCGCUGCCUUGGCGGGCCAGCAGCUUUUCCCAACUAAUUGGAGUUGUAAAGAAGAGUGGGAAAGCAGAUUGUGCUGUAUAAAUGUUCUAACCGGCUCGUUAUCACAGUACACUAACGAUACUGGAGUUCUUUCUGCUGCAGAGAUGGCAGCAGCAACUGUGGACGAAGGUGUUCCGACGGCAACGGAAGGGAGCACCUUUUCUGAGGUUCACAAUUCCUCCUGGACAGACAGUCAAUUGCGAAAGUACCCUUUCCAAACCGUACCUAUUCCCAGACUGUCUCAUACGGACCCACGAGCUGAGAUGCUCAUUAAUAAUGAGCAACCUGUUGUCCUAACAGACACCAACUUGGUCUAUCCAGCAUUGAAGUGGGAUGUAAAAUACCUGCAGGACAAUAUUGGAAGUGGAGAUUUCUCUGUCUAUAUAGCUGAAAACCACAAAUUCCUCUAUUAUGAUGAAAAGAAGAUGGCUAACUUUGAGAACUUUGUGCCAAAGUCUCAAAGAGUUGACAUGAAAUUCUCAGACUUUGUGGACAGAAUGCAAAAAACGGAGCAACAAGGAGGGGAGGAAAGGGUAUACUUGCAGCAGACUUUGAAUGAUACAGUGGGGCGGAAUAUUGUUGUAGAUUUCUUGGGUUUCAAUUGGAACUGGAUCAAUAAGCAGCAAGCAAAGCGGAACUGGGGACAGCUAACCUCAAAUCUUCUACUCAUUGGCAUGGAAGGCAAUGUCACGCCAGCACAUUAUGAUGAACAACAGAAUUUUUUUGCACAAAUCAGAGGUCACAAGAGGUGUAUCCUGUUUCCUCCUGACCAGUUUGAAAGCCUCUAUCCGUUUCCUGUUCAUCAUCCAUGUGAUCGACAGAGUCAGGUUGAUUUUGAAAACCCUGACUAUGAAAAGUUCCCAAAUUUCAAAAACGUUGAAGGGCAUGAAGCUAUCGUAGGACCAGGUGACGUGCUGUACAUCCCAAUGUACUGGUGGCACCAUAUUGAGUCCCUAUUAAAUGGCGGAGUUACAAUCACAGUCAACUUCUGGUACAAGGGUGCUCCCACUCCAAGGAGAAUAGAGUACCCCCUGAAGGCCCACCAGAAAGUAGCCAUCAUGAGGAACAUUGAGAAGAUGUUGGGCGAAGCUUUGGGAGAUCCUCAUGAGGUUGGGCCACUGCUGAACAUGAUGAUCAAGGGGCGGUAUGAUCAAGGUCUUAGUUAGUUUACUCUCCACUGAACUGGACGCUGCUAGACGUACUCGGCUGCAUGGUGGUCUUGCCUGUAGAACUGUGCUGAAAUACUUCAAGCAACCGAUGCCUGCUCACAGCCUUUUAUCAUUUCGGGUAUUUAAACUGGGAAUACGUCGUCCGCAUUAACAGAGGCUUUCCAACGUAGAGAUGUCAACCUAAAGUUGGGUUGAAAUGAAGAGAUAAGAAAAAAAUAUCCAAAGCUUAUGAAUCAGUGAAUUCAUAAGAGCCCUCGCCUCUCGCUUCCACGUUAACUUGGCACUUGGGUUUGUGUUUGUUUCAGAAAUGUGUUGUGCUUCUGAAAUUUACUUUUGAUGACAUUCAUUCUGUGGUUAUGUAUGAGUUUACAAGCUUGGCAACUAUGAAUAUAUAGUAUUAAUAAUGACUUGGUUUAUACGAAUGGCCAAAUAUUGUGUUUUACAAACACUGAAGGAGCGUGUGAUUGUUUGCUAGGCGUUUUGUUGAUUUAAAAAUGUAAUUGUUGAACA